AUGAAGACCACUGCUUUCUCUCUUCUUGCAGCAGCAUGCGCUGUUAAAGCAAGCCCUCUCGAGUCUCGCGCGACUACUGUUCAGGGCUUUGAUAUCUCCAGCUACCAAGGAACUGUAGACUUCUCCGGAGCCUAUGGAGCUGGUGCUCGAUUCGUCAUGAUCAAGGCGACAGAGGGUACCACUUAUACCGAUUCAUCUUUCUCAAGCCAUUAUGACGGUGCAACCAGCGCUGGCCUCAUUCGGGGUGGCUAUCAUUUCGCCCAUCCUGACAGCAGCUCUGGCACAACACAGGCAGAGUACUUCCUAGCUCACGGAGGAGGCUGGUCAAAUGAUGGCAAAACCUUGCCCGGCAUGUUAGAUAUUGAAUAUAACCCCUCCGGCUCCACCUGCUAUGGUCUGAGUGCCUCAAGCAUGGUUUCGUGGAUCCAAGACUUUGGCGCAACCUACAACAGCAAGACUGGUCGUUACCCCAUGAUUUAUUCUACUGCCGAUUGGUGGAGUACUUGCACUGGUGACAGCACUGCAUUUAGCAAGGACUAUCCCCUUGUUUUGGCUCAAUAUAGUAGCUCUGUUAGCACAGUCCCUGGAGGCUGGCCUUAUCAAAGCAUCUGGCAGAACGCUGACAAGUACACCUACGGUGGUGAUUCUGACCUCUGGAAUGGCGAUGAAUCAUCCUUGCAGAAGUUUGCCAAGGGAUCUUAA